GAUAAAUGUGCGAACGACGGCAAGAUUCAAUCAGUGUUUGGCCAGCAUCCGCAAGUGUUGGUCAAAAUGAAGAUUCGCAUUUACGCGGUGCCCUUAGUGGUGGUCUCUAUGAUAAUUAUGCAAUAUUCGGAGGGAUUUGAAAUCCAAAUACCCAAAUUCAUGCAGAAAAAAUUUGGAAACCAGUUUCCAGGAAGUACUAUGCAAGUUUCUGGUAUGGGGAGUACCCAUACUGGUUAUAAAACUCCAACUCCUCGAGGAAAGACCGCGUAUUAUAAAUACGGAACCAAACCUGGAUUAAAGACGUUCGGAGUGAAAACGGGGGUAAAAACUGGAGUGAAAACUGGGGUGAAAACGGCUCGACCAGGUUUUGAAAUUUCGGCUUUUCCAGGUAGUUGCCAUAGUCAAUACCCGGCACCAGCUAACGUGAACAUACGUUGCUCUAGAUACAAUCCUAAUCAGUGCGAGGCCCUUUGUGGACAACAGUAUCGUUUUCCUAAUGGACAAUCUCAACUCAGAAUAUACUGUGAAAAUACAGGCUGGAAAAUUCUGGGAACCGACUGGAUAUCUAUUCCACCUUGUGAACCUGUUUGUUCACCGCCAUGCCAAAACAACGGCAUAUGUGUAGCGCCAAACCAGUGCAAUUGUCCCGAAAACUUCUCAGGACCGCAGUGCCAGUUUGAAAAUAGACCAUGUCUGAAUUAUCCACCGAUGCCAAGGAACUCACACAGAAAAUGUAGCGCCACGCAAUGCACUAUAACCUGCUUGAGAGGCCAUGAAUUCCCCGAUGGUUCCGCCAUUACCACAGCGACGUGUAGUAACGGACAGUGGAUACCGGCCAGAGAGAAGUGGGUUACCGUUCCUGACUGCCAGGCAACGUGCAACCCUCCUUGCCAGAAUGGAGGGGUUUGCUUAGCGUUCAACGUUUGCCAGUGUCCAUUCGAAUUCCGGGGAUCUCAGUGUCAAUAUGAAAUCGACGUCUGUAGCUUCAGAAAGCUGCCGACUAACGGAGGAUACAACUGUUCUGGCGAUAGUGAAUCAUACAGUUGUUCUAUUUCCUGUCCCGAAGGCAUUCCUUUUGAAUUUCAGCCCGAACCGGUAUAUACUUGUUUAUACUCCCAAGGAAUAUUCUUGCCCACUCCGAUCCCUAAGUGCGUCUACCCCCAAUCUGUGCAUGUGGUACCAAGUUUUAAUAUUCCUGGCCAGUAUCCGUUUGUUCCGUCAAAUCUAUAUGGUUAUGGGGGCCAACCAGGGGGUCAACCGGAGACUUUCGUUACUGACAACAGUCUAGAUGUUGUCUCGGUAGGAAUUUAUGGGGGCGGGGACAACGGCAUUGGUAAUGAAUUCGUUAUAUUCGAGCAAAACCUUCCCAAACCUGGUUCGUGUUUCCACUGGGGAGGUUCGCAUUACAAGACAUUCGAUGGGAAAGUUUACAGCUUUGAAUCGAAGUGUUCCCACGUCCUUGCAAGAGACGCCGUGGACAACACCUUCAGCAUAGUCACCCAGAAUCACGAAGACUGCUAUUCCAAUCCUCUCCACUGCCACACGGUCGUAAAAAUAUACCUACAAGACAAAGACUAUUACCUGCGAAGAUCUCCUGAAGGUGUACCGAUUUUUGCGACGUCCAAGAAAGUUCUUCCGAUACCCGGACAGUUACCCGGAGUCCGUGUUGAAAUGUCCGCUCACCACAUCGUGGUGACGCUAGACGCUGUGGGGGCGAAGAUUCGAUGGGACGGCCAACAACUGGUACAAGUGGAGGUGAAGGAAAGCUUGUGGAAUAGAACGGAAGGUUUAUGCGGGAGGAUUGACGGAGACCAACAAAACGAUUUAUUAACUACGGACAGACUUACGCCUCGAAAUAUCGCCACUCUGGCUCAGAGUUGGAAAGUCGACGACCUAGAAAGUGUGUGCGAUGAUGUUCCCAACGAUGCUCACGUCUGUCAGGACACGGGAGUGAAAGAUACGUUGGCAAAUAAAGCCACUUUAUUCUGUAAAAGAUUGCUGUCGGAUAAGAGAUUUCUCGCGUGUCAAAAUGUGGUAGAUAUAACUUCCAUGUUGGAUGCGUGUAGGUGGGAUUAUUGUAACUGUAAAGAAAACGACCGAUUUAUUUGUGCCUGCGAAGCCCUUAAUGUUUACGUCCAAGAUUGUUCUCUUAAAGGAAUUACAGGACUAACUAAUUGGAGGGAUGCAGAUACUUGUCCCAUGCAAUGUACGGGAGGUAAAAUAUACAAAGCCUGCGGCCCUGCCAAGGGUCAGCAGGGAUGUGGAACCGCAACGGAACUACCGGAAGAUGUCGGACCCUGCGUAGAAGGAUGCUAUUGCCCCGAAGGCACCGUAGUACAUGAGAACAAAUGCAUCGCUAAAGAAAAAUGCCCCUGUCGACUUAGAGGAAGAAGUUUCGCAGCGGGAAGUUCCGUGCCGAAGGACUGCAACACUUGUAAGUGCGAUAGCGGGCAGUGGAUUUGCACACAGGUGUCUUGUGGAUCGAGAUGUUCCGCAAUCGGAGACCCCCAUUAUGUUACUUUCGAUGGAAAAGCUUUCGAUUUCAUGGGGCAGUGCUCUUACUAUUUGGUGAAGAACGAUAAUUUCUCGAUCGAAGCCGAGAAUGUCGCUUGUGCUGGAUCUAUUUCUCAAGCGAUGAAUUUCCCAGCUAGUGUCUCUACCGGUUUACCUUCUUGCACAAAAACCGUUACGAUUAAAAUAAAUGGGCAAAAUAUUAAGCUCAAACAGAAUCAUGAUGUAGUUGCAAACGGCCAGGAUGUCUCCAAAUUACCAUUUUCAAUCGGUGGAAUUAACAUACGGAGUGUUUCAUCUAUAUUUUUACUAGUUAAACUACCGAAUGGUGUCGAAGUGUGGUGGGACGGUCUUACGAGGGCUUAUAUUGAUUUACCAGCUGAAUUUAAAGAGAAAACAAGGGGCCUCUGCGGAACUUUCAACAACAACCAAAAGGACGAUUUUCUAACACCUGAAGACGACGUGGAACAGUCAGUGAUUCCUUUUGCCAACAAGUGGAAAACUCACGAAAAGUGCAACGACAUACCCGAAGUUCUAACUUCACACCCGUGCGACAAAAAUAUUCAGAAAAAACCCGCAGCAGAGAAAUACUGCUCCCAAAUCAAAUCAGAAUUAUUUAAAGAUUGCCAUUGGUUUGUCGACCCGGAAAAGUUUUACGACGAUUGCAUGUACGACAUGUGCUCCUGCGAAUUCCAGGUGUCGAAGUGUCUCUGCCCGAUAUUGGCGAAUUACGCCGGUGAGUGUUCCCGUAAAGGUGUCAAGAUUAACUGGAGAGGCGAAGUGAGAGAAUGUGGCGUUCACUGUCCGGGAGGACAGAAAUAUCAGGUUUGCGGUAACUCCUGCACGAGAACUUGCUUCGACAUCGCCACAAAUCCCGACUGCAAACAACAGUGCGUCGAGGGUUGCAACUGUCCGGAAGGUCAAACUCUCGACGAUAAUGGGGAAUGUAUACCCAUAGGGCGAUGCAACUGUCAGUUUGACGGGUUGUAUUUCCCCCCCGGGUAUAAGGAGGUUCGGCCGGCUACCAACGGACUCGAGUUAUGCACAUGCGUGAACGCCAUCUGGCAAUGUAAAUUAGCCACUCCCGAAGAAAUCGAGGACUUCCCGCAGGCCAACGAUCUCAGGAAUAAGUGCAACGCUUCGAACAACAUGGAAUUCACCACUUGCGAACCCGUGGAACCGGUAACCUGCAAAAAUAUGCACUCGCCAGAUUACUUCUCGGCCUCCGUUUGCCAUUCCGGUUGUCAAUGUAAGGAAGGUUACGUGCUGGAUACAUCAACCAAACGCUGCGUAAAACCAAAGGAAUGCCCCUGCCACCACGGGGGUAGGAGUUACAAAGAAAAUUCGACGGUGCAAAGUGAUUGCAACACCUGCGUUUGCCAAAAUGGAAAAUGGAAAUGCACCGACAGACAGUGCUCAGCCGAAUGUAGCGCUUGGGGAGACUCGCAUUAUAAAACAUUCGACGGAAAAUACUUCGACUAUCAAGGCCAAUGCGACUACGUCCUAGCCAAGGGGAGCUCGGAAACUGAUUCAUUCGAUAUCACCAUUCAGAACGUACCUUGCGGUUCGCUUGGAACCGCCUGUUCAAAGUCCAUCACGGUAAAAGUGUCCAAGAGUGGAGAUUCCGAAAGCAUCACGCUUUCCAAAGACAAACCAACGCCGAGUUACAAAACAUACAAACACCUCAUUUUACGGGAUAAAGGUAUAUUCGUCAUCGUGGAAGCUCCGGAUUUAGGUCUGGUGGUUCACUGGGACAAAGGAACUCGAGCUUACGUCAAAGUAGACCCACGAUGGAAAAACAGAAUAAAUGGACUUUGCGGUAAUUAUAACGACAAUGACGCUGAUGACUUCCAAACUCCAUCUGGCGGGAUCCCUGAGGUAUCAGCUAAUAUCUUCGGUGACUCUUGGAAGCUUCAAUCUUAUUGUCCGGAAGCUGUUGAAGUAACGGACACUUGCCAAGAUCGUCCCGACAGAAAAGUGUGGGCUAUGAAGAAGUGUGGUGUACUGAAAUCGCCUUUGUUUGUGCCUUGCCACUCGGAAGUACCUUUGAGUCACUAUUUCGAUAAGUGCGUAUUUGACAGUUGCGCCUGUGAUCAGGGAGGAGACUGCGAAUGUUUGUGUACGGCUUUAGCAGCGUACGCCCAAGAAUGUAACAACAGAGGGGUCCCUAUUAAAUGGAGGUCGCAGCAGUUGUGUCCUAUGCAGUGCGACGAACGUUGCUCGAAAUACAGCCCCUGCAUCUCUACCUGCCCCAUAGAAACCUGCGACAACUCGCUUAUAAACAGCAAGCUGUCUAAGACCUGCGGUGAGGAUACCUGCAUAGAGGGCUGUUCCCCAAAACCAUGUGCCGCUGGUUUUAUCUACUCGAAUUCGUCAUAUCUCGACUGCAUUCCGAGGAACGCGUGCAAGCCUGUAUGUCUGGAAGAAAACGGUGUCGUCUAUUACGAAGGAGAUCUGAUGGAAGAAGACGAAUGUCAUAGUUGUUACUGCUCCCGAGAACAGAAAUUCUGUAAAGGUCAACCGUGCGAGGCCACAACACUCGAGCCGCAGUUCACCACCCAUCAAAUGGAAGCCGUCGUCGAGUGCAAAACUGGAUGGACGAAGUGGAUCAAUCAAAAUAAAAUCAGCAAAGUGAAGAGUGCGGCCAAAGGCCGGCGUAAGGAAGUGGAGCCGUUGCCGCCUGCAAUUGUACUGAAUAAUCUAAAGGAAUCCAACAGAUGCGACAUCAGUCAGAUGAUCGACAUAGAAUGUAGAACUGCGAAAUCCCAUAUUGACGCAAAGAGCACAGGCUUAGACGUAGAAUGUAGCUUAGAGAGAGGAUUAGUUUGCAAUUCAGAUGCUAGAGGGUGUCCAGAUUUCGAAAUCCGUGUUUUAUGCCAAUGUGAGGAACUGAGUACAACGGUACUUACGAUUGUUCCUUUUGAAGAACCAAUUGAAGCAGAAGCAAUGUGUCCACCCGAGAUGAUAUUAGAUCCGUGUGCUAUAGAGUGCGACAAAUUGUGUCUGUAUUAUUCCUUCUUGGUGAAACAAAAGGGUUUAUGUCAGGAGGGGGUUAAGUGCGAACAUGGGUGUGUCUCGGCUAACAAAGAACACUCCUGUCCUAGCAAUAUGCUCUGGGUUAACGAUCACGAAUGCGUUUCCCUCGACGAGUGCCCGUGUGUUACCGAUGACGGUCAACCGAUUAAACCUGGACAUAUCUAUGAAGAAGGUUGUAAAAAAUGUCAAUGUAUAGACAACUCGUUUACGUGCCACGAAGAAUUUUGUGAAAAAGAGACCACAACUCCAUAUUUUACGCCAUUGCCGGAAGCACCUGGCAUUCUAGCCACAAUGCCUCCUGUAUUAAUACCUCCUAAGGCAACUCCGCCUCCUAAAUGCGACGAAGAUAGGUUUUUGGAUCUCAUACAAGGAGAUCAACCACUACCAGAUGACGCAUUCAAUGCCAGCAGUGUACUAAGUCCCUUCUUCGCGCCCAGCAGUGCCAGAUUUAACAGUCGACCGUCCGAAACCUCUGGUGGAAGUUGGGCGCCAAAGUAUUCCAACCAAGACCAAUACUUGGAGAUCAACUUAGGGCACCAGGAACCUGUUUAUGGGGUUAUCGUAAGAGGAAGUCCUGUGUACGACGAGUACGUGACGAGUUACAAAGUUCUGUACAGUCCCGACGGUAGUAUUUUUUACUACAUUUUGAACGAAGAGAACUAUCCAGUCAUUUUCCGAGGAUCUAUAGACACGACCACCCCAGUCAGACAAGUAUUUGACACUCCGGUAGAAGCCAAAGUGGUACGGAUAAAUCCACAAACUUGGAAUAACGGAAUAUCUCUGAGGGUAGAAUUGAUAGGAUGUGCAGAAGAAUUAACUACGAUUCAUGCACUGCGGGGAGAGACUGGAGCGAUUUUUAAGCCUCAGUACUGCGACGAUGAGAUGGGUCUCAGCGACGGCAAAAUGGGAAUCCAUCAGAUAUCGACCAGUUCAGAUUUGUCGCCAGAACAUAGUAAAAUAAAUCUCAAAUUAAACGAAAACUCUUCAUGGCAACCCUUCACAAAUUCACCCACGGAAUGGAUUCAGUUUGACUUUUUGGAGCCGAGGAAUAUCACGGGUCUUAUCACAAAGGGAGGCAAAGACGGUUGGGUGACUGCGUUCACCGUGCAAUAUUCCCAAAACGAAAAGGAAUGGAAUCCGAUUUUGGACAACACGCAAAAUGAAAAAGUUUUCUUGGGAAAUUACGACGGUGUUAUGCCGCACGUUACCAACUUUGACUUGCCGAUUAACACUCGUUACAUUAGGAUAGUACCAGCCAAGUGGCACAACGAUAUUCAGAUGAGGGUGGAAAUGGUUGGUUGCUACAAACCCUAUCCUAUUGUGGAAAUACCAACUACAGAGGCACCGUCUCUCUGCAAUUACUGCCCCGGAAUAGAAUCUCCUGAACUGGAAAUGGACGCUUGUAGAUGUCUAACUGAUUUAUGGUGGGAUGGAGAAAAUUGCGUCAACAGAACGUCAUGUCCGUGUGUGAUUGGCCAUAUGACAUAUGCAGUAGGUGCAAUUUUUGAGCAAGAGGAUUGCUCGGAAUGCAUAUGCAAACUGGGUGGGGUUCCCCACUGUAAGCCGAAAAAAUGCGAACCAUGCAAAGAGGGACUGAAAAGUACGGUGACCUCCACAUGCGCCUGCACGUGCCAGUUUUGCCCUCUCGAAACGGUGUUGUGCCCCUCGAGUAAUAUCUGUAUUAACGAGAGUCUGUGGUGCAACGGAGUUCAGGAUUGUCCUGAUGACGAGCUGGACUGUCCUACCACUACUACAGAGGCAGCGCCCAAAACAACUGUUGCCAGCCCACGGAAGCUAUGUCCUAUCACGCAGUGCCAGCCAGGCUACAAGAAAGUAGAGAAGAAGUUGACUAAGAAUCGACAAAACCAAUUAUACCUUUCAGCGAUGAUAUCGGGUCGUACAAAAUCUAAAAAAACGUAUAACAGCGCCUUGUACAGCGGAAUUAAAACAAAGAAAAACGGAAAUAAAGGAUCCAAACAUACGAAUCUUCAAAGACCGCUGACGGUAGUUUCGGAACUGGCCAAAGAGCCGCUAGCGUGCAAGGAAUAUAAAUGUAUAUCUACGAAACCUCCACCAAAAUUCCAUUACGGACCGUAUGAGUGCCCGCCCGUCUUUUGUCAACCGGGGUACAUUCCGGUUUUCGAAGAGGGGUACAAUGUAAAGUCCAAAGUUUGUCCUACCUAUUCCUGUUACCCACCGCCGGAGCCCGACGCGAUAUGCAACGUAACAGGACGGACGUUUAACACAUUCGACAAUACCGAAUUCAAGUACGACAUAUGCAAUCACGUCUUAACCAGGGACUUGGAAAACUACGAAUGGGAUAUAUCACUAAAAAAAGAGUGUUCGACCUUCUGCUCACGAAACCUGGUCAUUUGGCACCACAACCACCUAUUCGUCAUCCACCCCGACCUUUCUCUUGAAUUCGACGGAUACACUUAUUCGGUGGAGCAAACUAAGAGCAUAGGAUCUCAGAAUGAUGCGUUUUCAAUAACACAGCUAGGAAACACUCUGUUCUUCGUUUCUAAUAGAUACGGUUUCUGGAUAAUUUGGAAUACCCUGGGUGACGUUAAAAUCGGGGUAGUACACAAAUUAGUGGAUAAAGUAGACGGUCUCUGUGGAUUCUUCAACGACGACGCCACAGAUGAUAAAAGGAAACCUAACGGGAACAUCGCGAGGACCUCUGUUGAGUUCGGAGACAGCUGGGAAGUGGCAAGUGAGGAACCAUCGGUAUGCGAGGCUAAAGCAUGCCCUAUUCACAUACAGAACAAGGCGUGGGAGAUGUGCAAUAAAGUCAAAGAACAACCUUUAUCGGUGUGUGCGAGAGUGCUAGAUAUAGAAGCGUUCAUUUCUCGUUGUUUGGAAACCGCUUGUACCUGUUUGGAGCAUUCAUUGGAUAAUCAUACUGUCGAGGAAGAAUGCAGGUGUCAGGCCAUGCAGUCAUUUGUAGUCGACUGUCUUUCCGCAGAUUCCACGAUAGAUUUAUCGGACUGGAGAAUGCAGCAGGAUUGCCCUACCACCUGCGAGACUCCCCUGGUGUAUCACGAUUGUUAUCAAAGGAAAUGCGAACCGACAUGUGAAUCCAUCUCUGAUCCCAACAUAUGCCCGAAAGUAAACAACAUUUGCUUCCCGGGUUGUUACUGUCCUCCCGGUUACGUUCGCAAAGACGAGACUUGCAUCAAACCGUCCAACUGUCGAGACUGCGAAUGUAACGUCCUUCCUCACCUCCAGUAUGUGACUUACGACGAAAAUAAUUUCACCGUUACCGGCAACUGUGUGUACGUAAUGUCCAGGGACAUUUUAUUGCCGGAGCAGGAUACACAUAAAUUCCAAGUUCUUGUUACAAACCACCCUUGUAAGGAUAAAAAAGAUAAAACGUGUGUCGGAAAAGUGACGGUACUGUAUGAAGGACACAAAAUUCACGUUUUGUUGGACGAAUACAGGAACAAGCUUAAAUUAAUCGUGGACAGCGAGAGGGUUUCAGAUUUUGACGAAGUCGCUCAAUGGGCUAACGUUAGGGAAACGGCAACUAAGCAUAUAAAGUUACUAUUGACCGCCAUUCAAGUAGAGGUGUCUGUUUAUUUUCCGUCUUUAGGAGUGUCAGUAAAAGCUCCUUCUCACAAAUACGGAGCAAAAUUAGAGGGACUUUGUGGGAAUUGUAACGGCGAUUUAGAAGACGACAUCAAGACCCCUAAAGGCAAAAAACCGAAAGAUAUAAACGACUUUGCCCUCAGCUGGCUCUACGAGAACCUACCUGGUGGCCAAUCAAGAGAACAGUGUGAAAAUAAACCCGAGGAAGAUUGUCCUCCGCUGCCGGUUGAUUCUAAUCCAUGUGUACAACUAGUCGAUAUUAACAAGUUCGGACAAUGCUUAAAUGUGUUGGACCCGUCGCUCUUCAUAGAAUGGUGCCAGAAAGAUACAUGCGGCGGACAUCCCGAAUUGGCUUGUUCUUCCAUCGAAGCUUAUGCCAGAGACUGCGCGAGCUCUGGGUUCUGCAUUAACUGGAGAAAUGAGUACUGCCCGGCGAAAAGUUGUCCACCCGAUCAAUUCUACGACCCUUGCGGGACAAGCAGUCCAGAAACGUGCGACAGCAUUAAAGGCUUGACAAAAAAUCCGAAAAAGAUUAUUCCAACCGAAGGCUGUUACUGUCCUCAAGGAAAGGUGUUCCUAAACAAUACUUGCGUUACGCCGAACGAUUGCGAAGUUUGUGACGAGGAUGGUCACCAUCCUGGCGACAAGUGGAAGAAAGACAAAUGCACGUCUUGUACUUGUGAGGGCACGUCACUCAAGUGCGACACACAGCAGUGUCCGGGAAUUUCAACGAUCUGUGAACGAGGCUUCAAUGCCGUCAAAAUAUCUUCAAAUCAGGAGGAAUGCUGCGAUAAAUACGCUUGCGUGCCUGAACCCACCGCUGGUCCUACGUGUGAGACUCCGCAAAAACUCGUGUGCGGGUCGGGGCAAAUCAUGAAACUAGACACGAAACCAAACGGUUGUCAAACGUUCAUCUGCGAAUGUAAACCGGUCGAGGAAUGCGAACCCAUAGAUCUCUCCACCGAUACACCCCUAGAACCUGGUUAUGUGAAAGAAGUUGAUGAAAGUGGCUGUUGUCCUCUAAUAAAUUUGGUUUGUAAAAAAGACCUUUGCCCGAAACCAAACGAAUGCCCUGAAUAUUAUUCUGUGAAAACCGAAACUAUAGAAGGGAAAUGUUGCCCAAUAUAUUCCUGUGAGCCGCCGAAGGAAAAGUGUAUUUAUGAAACUGAGUUCGCGGCAGCCCAAAAAGGUGGGGCGAGGCCAUUAACGAAGUACGAAAAACAAAAUUUACUCAAAGGGGCGAAUGAAACGUGGCAAGACGGGCCGUGCAGAGAAUGCAAGUGUUCCGUAGGCAGUCUAGGCAAUUACCAACCGGUGUGCAAGCAAAAAGACUGCCCUUCGCUAGCGACGCAUGCCGACUUCGUGGAAUAUGAACUGGAACCGGAGCCGGUAUUCGAGGAAUGCUGUCCAAGAAUUAAACGUUCUGCUUGCAAAUACAACGGGAAAGUCUACAAAGUGGGCGAAAAGUGGCCUAAAGGAACCGAUUAUUGCACAACAUUUGAUUGUGUGGACACCCCAACCGGAAUACAGAGAGAAACCCAAGUGAAGAAUUGUGAUAAAAAUUGCGAUAUUGGAUUUGAGUACGUCGAACCUACACUGCUAUCUAAAGCAUGUUGCGGGGCCUGUAAACAAGUUGCUUGUGUUGUCGACGGAGUGAUCCAUCAAAUAGGUGAAGAUUGGACAUCGGCAGAUUAUUGCACCAAGUACUUCUGUCUCAAUAUAAACGGAUCGCUACAAGUGCAAACUCUAGUGGAGAAUUGUCCGAAAUUACCAGAAGACUAUUUGAACGACUUCGUGAUAGAAACAUUGCCGGUAGAAGGAGAUUGUUGCCCGCAACAAAUACCAUCGGCGUGCAAAGUAGGAGAAACUAUUUACAAGGUUGGAGAAACAUGGCCGUCUCCGGACGGUGAUUUAUGUAAAACCGUCACUUGCAUAGAAAAAGAAAAUAAAGACCUAGCUAAGCAGGAAUCGGUUGAAACGUGCAAAAAGGAUUGUACUCUGGGGUGGGAAUACUUUGAAUCGAACGAAACGUGCUGUGGUGAAUGCCUUCAGGUGGCUUGUGUCGCAGACAGUGAAAUAAAACAGCCGGGCGAGAGCUGGUUGUCAUUCGAUAACUGUACGACGUUCACAUGCGACAAUUUCGAUAACCAGUUCGUAAUUUCAAGUUCACAGGAAUCUUGUCCCUCUUUGGAGGAUUGUCCGGAACAAAAUAUUUAUGUCGACGGAUGUUGCAAACGGUGUAACUUCACAGCAGUGGCACAAACAAUAUGUAGUCCGGAGUCCAUACAGCUCGACACAACUGUGGGAAUAAUUAAGUACAAUCAUAUGUCUCACGGGGAAUGCACAAACAAAGGACCAAUCACAAACUUUACCGAAUGCGUGGGAAAUUGUCAUUCUUCUACGUACUUCAACAUAAAAACUGGGCUACACGAGUCGGUGUGUUCUUGUUGCCAAGCGACAGACUAUACCCCGAUAUACGUGGAAUUGACUUGCGCAGACGGUCAAACGUGGAAGAAGAAAAUAGCCGUCCCAUCCAAAUGCGGGUGCGAGGGUUGCGCUUCCAAUUCGAAAUCGAGUAAGCCGGUGAAAACCGGUGGCGUGAAGACAGCCAGGCACGUUUAAAACCAAUAUUUAAGUUUUUUUUAUAUGAUAUAUUUUGUACUGUUUUUAAAAAAAUAAAAAUAAUAUUCGAGUAA